AUGGAAGGAUUCGAUAAUAUCUUGUUGACUCAGACCUCCUUUAUGCCUUAAAAAAAGAAGGUGUUUUUAGAAGACAAUAUAAAACAUGGGAAAGAAAUCGAUAGAGAUUACAAUAAAUUAUAGGAUAUUCUUGAUGUAAAAAAUUUAUAAGGGAAGAUUGAUAAGAUUAUCAAAUCAUAAGAGGAUGACUUUAUGAUCGCUUAUAGGGAAUAAAUGACAGAUGUGCAGAAGGAGUUGAAGAAUAUGAAGAGAAAAAUUGACGAGGAGGCUUUGAGGUAGAAGGCAGAUGAGAAAAAGAGAAUUCUGGAGGAGGAGAGAGAUUAUUUUAAGGAAGAAGCCCUAAGAUUGGACAAAUUAUGUUAGGAAUAAUUGAGAACUAUUGAAGAACUCAAGUUUAAAUUGAAAAUUACAUUAGAAGAAAAGCAAUAUUAUGAAGGUUUUGUAAUAGAUUCCAAAAAGGAAAAUAAAGCAUUAAAAUAUGAGUUGUUGUAUUUGUACAAGCAAAAGAGUGAGGAACAAAAAGCAGGAGCAAAGGUAAGUUAAGUUGUAGAUGUUGGACACAGAAAUAAUAUGAAGAAGAUACUUGAAAUCAGACCAGACAUGAGACCAAUGACUUAGGAUGGCACUCAUGUAAGUUCAACAAAAGAUGAAAUUGGUGAAGGAUCAAAAAGGGGGUUUUCAUCAGUGAAGAAAACUGUGAAAACUCAAUUGUCCACAAAGUUUUAGGAUUAAGGUUCUUCAUUACAUGAUUUCUAUAAGAGAGAUUUAUCAUCAUAGUAGUAAAGCAGAUAAAAUCAAGACAUGUAAUAGAUUGAAGAAAUUUCCAAAAGUAAUGUAAUCUAAGAUUUGAAGUAGCAGUUGCAGAAAGAAAAAUAAUUGACUUAGUAAUUGAAAGUCGAACUAUCAUAAUAGAAUUGUUAGAGAGGAGAGCUUGAAUAAAUUUUAUUGGAAUGUGUUGCUGAAAAGAAGAAAGAAGUUCAUUCUCGUUAAUGCUUGCAAAAAUAGGUAUUGAAUCAUAGAUAUUUGGAUGUAUUGAAUCAGGAUGGAGACACAAAUUUUUCACAAUUUACUCACACUGAUAAAAUUGCUUUGUUGAGAAAAUAUAUUGAAAGUGAAGAAUUUUUCGAUUAGUUAUAUUCAAUAACCUUCAACACUUAAUUUUCAAUCUCAUCAUCACUAAAAUUAAAUGAGAAAUGGAAAAUGGAUGCAGAUGAAGCAAAUAAAAAGUUCAAUCAUUUUAAAACCUUUAAAUUUAAACACAUUACAAGUUAACCAAUAUUAAAAACAUCCCUUGUUAAGAAGAAUGAAAGAGAAAUAAUAUCCAUAUCUAAUAAUUUCACUGAAAAAACAAAGGGGUUAAUUGAUAAAAUAAUUAAAAAUUGA